AUGUGGGAUUGUAGUAGGGAGUUGCCACCAUGUUUCCCGCCAAACAAACCCACUCCGGUUGCUUUGCAAAACUACUCGAAUCACCAAUAUCCACACCCUCAGGUCAACAAUUUUCCCGCAACAUUUACACCCCAGCACUACACUUAUCCAUCCCCUCCUCUAUCGCCGGACUGUCUGAAGUAUUCCCACCUCCAGGAUGGCCAUCUACCGAACCUUUACAGAUAUCCAACCCCUCCUCCAUCGCCACUAGCAUUUCCAUAUGCACCAGGCACGGGAGCCUAUGGAGUUGUAUACUAUUCUCAAGAUUUAUCCACCGGCAAAGAGUACGCGGUGAAAGCUCUCGACAAAAUGAAUGCCUAUGGACAACCUUUGGACGCAAAAGCACAAGCUUACCAAGCAAGAGAGAUAGCCUUACAUUGGCAAGCUUCGGCACAUCCUAAUAUAGUCCCAAUGUAUAAAAUACUCGACGAUCCGACCUGCACCUAUGUUAUCCUGGAUUACUUCCAUGAAGGAGAUCUAUUUUCCAAUAUCACCGAAGGUGGUAGAUAUGUAGGUCAUGAUGCUCUAAUCCUGAGUAUCUUCCUCCAGAUCUUGGAUGCCACGGAACAUUGCCACCGCCUUGGGAUAUACCACAGGGACCUUAAGCCGGAGAAUAUUCUAGUCUCCAAUUCUGGCCAUACCGUUUGCCUAGCGGAUUUUGGGUUGGCCACACGGGAAAUAACAUCUCGCGAUCACGGAUGCGGGUCCACAUUUUACAUGUCUCCAGAAUGUCUGGAACAGUCAUAUACGCCAUACAAAUGUGCUCCAAGCGAUGUCUGGUCUCUUGGAGUGAUCUUAGUCAAUCUCACAUUCGGACGAAACCCAUGGAGACAGGCCUCAUGGGAUGAUGCCACAUAUACUGCCUUUCUCAAAGAUCCAAAUUUCUUGAAGACUCUCCUGAACCUAUCGGAUGAACUCAACAUUAUUCUUAAUAUGAUCUUUCAACCGGAUCCGGAUGCCCGUAUUACUGUCGCAGAACUGAAGCUACUGAUUCUACAAUGCCCGAGACUUUACUCUCCUACCCCUUCCUCAAGUGCUCACGGACCAGAUCUUGCAGGAAUUACCAACAGUUUGUCCAAAGAUUCCGGUUACUCCACGUCAACACCAGAUGUCAUAAGUCGAUCUCAAUCAUCGUCAUCGUCUCACGAUUCUGCUAUCGCCGCCGAUGAUGAUGCGAUCAACACGCACAGUAGAGCUUCCGAUUUGGUUCGACCCUACGGUAAUACUGGCCCCUCGGUCCCAGUGUCGGACUGUCAUGAUCUCGAAAACCAUGAUAUUUCCGCCUAUAAUCACGGAGAUUCCAAUGGUAACCUGAGAACCGGUUUACUCACACCCCCUCCAGAGGAGUCCAUUUCACAUGCAGCAAAACCUGUUAGUUCGUCUUCAGCCUCUCCGAAGGUUGCUACAUUCACCCCACAGCAUCAAUGGGAUUCAUUCAUUACACAAAGUUCGCAAACAGUAUCAAAGUCUGCUCAUUAUAUGGUGCAAACAUUUUCAAAGUUUACUCAUCAUUCGUCAUGGGUAUAA